AUGGCGACUUCAGGCUCUGGAAGUUCAGCCUACGUGCUGGGCGUGGGCAUGACCAAGUUCAUCAAGCCUCGUGGCUUGCGUGAGUAUCCGGAAAUGGGCUACGAGGCUGGUAUCAAGGCCAUGUUGGAUGCUCAAAUCAAUUAUGAUGAUGUCCAGCAUGGUGUUGCGUGUUUCGCAUAUGGUGAUUCGACAUCGGGUCAGCGCGUCUUCUAUCAAUUCGGCAUGUCUACCAUCCCCAUCAUCAACACCUCCAAUGCCUGCGCCACCGGCUCGGUCGGGUUAUACCUGGCCCGUAACCUCGUGCGGAGCGGCGCUGUCGACUGUGUUCUUGUUGUUGGGUUCGAGAAGAUGAAGCCUGGAAGUCUCAAAAGUGUCUGGGAUGAUCGGCCUAGUUCCAGCGGGCGCUUUGCAGCCAAGAUGGGAGACCUUUGCGGUGUCGAUAAGAAUUCUCCAUUGACCGCGCAGUACUUUGGUAACGCGGGUAGAGAGUACGGAGCAAAAGCAUCAGACUUUGCUGAAAUUGGUCGCAUCUCGCAUGAGCACUCCCAGCGCAAUCCUUAUGCUCAGUUUCGACAGAAAUACACGUUGAAAGAAGUCGAGGAGUCACCCACUAUCUACCAUCCGUUGACCAAGCUACAGUGUAGCCCGACCAGUGAUGGCUCUGCUGCUGCAGUCAUUGUCUCGCAGAGGUUCUUAGAUGCCCGACCGCAUCUCAAGAGCCAGGCCAUCCUGAUGGCCGGACAAGCAUUCUCGACUGACUCCCCGAAGGCCUUCGGGACGAGCGCUAUCGAGCUUGUUGGCUAUGAUAUGACGCAAAAGGCGGCUCGGGCUGCAUUGAGAGAGGCGGGAGUCAAGCCGGGUGAAAUUAAGGUAUGCGAGCUGCACGACUGCUUCUCGACGAACGAGCUGGUGCUCUUGGAUGCACUAGAAUUCUGCGAGCCUGGCAAAGCUCAUGAAAUGGUUCGAAGGGGCGACAUCACAUAUGGGGGCAAGAUGGUUGUGAAUCCCUCCGGGGGUCUCAUCUCCAAAGGUCAUCCUAUUGGCGCGACUGGCCUGGCGCAGUGUGCUGAGCUGAGCUGGCAGCUGCGUGGAUGGGCCAACAAUCGACUCGUCGAUGGGGCCAAUGUAGCGCUGCAGCACAACCUCGGUCUCGGAGGCGCCGUUGUUAUCAAUGUGUAUAAACGAGCUGAUGCCGUGGAGGCGCGUGGCAUCACCAAUGAUGACGCCGACAAAGUCAGGAGUAGAAGGAACAGGAACGACUUUGCUUUGGGCGGUACCACAGAAAAGCUUGUUGCUCAGGCUCAUCUAUAA